AUGAACCGAUCCCUUUGGCAAGACAAGGCAGGUGAGCCAGGAGUCAUCCGAGAGACUCCAGUCCCUUCCGAGAUUGCCGAUGAAGAGAUCGUGGUCAAAGUCCAUGCCUGGGCAAUGAACCCAGCAGAUUUCAUGGUCCAGGAUAUUUCUCUGCCAUUCAUCACAUAUCCCCUCAUUUUGGGCGAGGAUAUCGCCGGCACCGUUGAAAGUAUCGGAUCAGCAGCCGCUACCAAAUUCAAACCCGGUGAUCGGAUUCUCGGUCUAGCCCUCGGUGCAGCCGUGGCAAAGCCUGAGCAGGGCGCGUUCCAGGAAUAUGUGGUCCUCGAUUGCAACAUGGCGUGCAAGAUCCCAGAUAGUCUGUCUUUUACCGAUGCAUCUGUCUUCCCACUGUGUAUUGCGACUGCUGCGCAAGGCUUGUUCUCCAAGGAAUAUCUCGGACUCCCGUUCCCCUCGACCACCACCGCCUCGACCAACAGAGGCACAUCCAUUCUCAUCUGGGGCGGCAGCUCAGGUGUCGGCAGCAAUGCCAUCCAGCUCUGCAAGGCGGCCGGCUUUGAGGUUAUCACAACAUGCUCGGCUCGCAAUGUUGAGUAUGUUAAAGGCCUUGGUGUAGAUAAGGUCUUUGACUACACCGAUGAGCACGCUAUCGAUCAAAUCAUCGCUGAGAUAGACAAGGGCGAGUGCGUUGGUAUUCUCCAAGCGGCGGGUGAUCCUAGUCCCUCCUGUCAGGUCGCACACAAGUCCAAGCAGACAUUGCGGGUAGCUGCGACCAACCCUGUUCCCGAGGGCGCCGCCCUGGAUGAUGUUGAGCCCAAGAUGAUAUUUGCCUCUGGAGGUGCUGUCAUUUAUCAUGAAACCAACCCGGCUACUUUUGCGGGUUAUUUGCCCGAAGCUCUGUCCAAUGGCACUUACAAGGUUGCUCCAACUCCAGAGACUGUACCAACCAAAGGACUUGAAGGGAUUCAGACGGCUUUGGAUAUUCUCAAGAAGGGCGUCUCGGCAAAGAAGCUGGUAACACUGGCAAAUUAG